CGAAUAACUUCUGCCUCUCAAAAUUUGAGGAAUCUUUCUCUCUCUUCCUCAGCUUUCUCAAAUCGGGAACUAGCCGCUCAAACUCGAAAACCCCCGAGCGCUGAAGGCCAGAAAAUCUUAGGGCUAAAUUGAGAAAGCGAGAGAGAUAUAUAUAUAUAUAUAUAUAUAGAGAGAGAGAGAGAGAGAGAGAGAAAGAGAGAGAGGGUGGCGAAAUGGUAAUGGCUAGACAAUCUGAGAAAUUUUCUGCAGACUUUUUGAUGGGAGGUGUGGCAGCAAUAGUAUCAAGGAGUGCAGCAGCACCAAUUGAGAGAGUGAAGCUUCUGUUGCAAAAUCAGGGAGAAAUGAUUAAGAGAGGACAACUCUCAAGACCUUACUUGGGUGUCGGUGAUUGCUUUAGAAGGGUCUGCAAAGAGGAUGGUAUGUUGUCUUUCUGGAGAGGUAACCAGGCCAAUGUCAUACGGUAUUUCCCUACUCAGAUUGUCUGAUAACCUCCUGUUUGUCUGUACAUUAUCUGGUUGCUACUGCCGCAUUGCAAAUAUUUCAUUGAAAAGAAAGGAAUAUCUCAGACUAGGUUACUUCAAGAACCUUCUUGGACGUUCAAAAGAGAAAGAUGGUUACAUAAAGUGGUUUGCUGGUAAUGUGGCUUCGGGAAGUGCGGCUGGAGCAACUACUUCACUGUUCCUGUAUCAUUUGGAUUAUGCCCGCACACGGUUGGGCACCGAUGCAAGGGAGUGCCGUGUGAAUGGUCAACGCCAGUUUAAAGGGCUGCUAGAUGUAUACAGUAAAACCUUGUCUACUGAUGGCGCAGUUGGCCUUUAUCGGGGAUUUGGAGUUUCAAUCAUGGGAAUCACUCUUUAUCGAGGCCUGUACUUUGGUAUAUAUGACAGCAUGAAGCCCAUUAUUUUGGUGGGCUCCUUAGAGGGAAAUUUCUUUGCUAGCUUUCUGUUGGGUUGGAGCAUAACUACUGUCUCAGGACUUUGUGCUUACCCCUUUGAUACUCUGCGGAGGAGAAUGAUGCUUACAUCUGGACAACCUGAAAAGUAUCGUAGUGCUAGACAUGCAUUUCUUGAGAUCAUCCGUGUUGAAGGUUUUUCAGCACUUUUCCGAGGAGUUACUGCAAAUAUGCUUCUUGGUGUUGCAGGAGCUGGAGUGCUUGCAGGGUAUGAUCAGCUGCACCGAAUUGCAUCCACACAAGGCUACAUCUCUGAGCCCAAUCGAGCAGUAGCUAAUUGAGCAUUGGAUGACAAAAAAUUUAUGAAACAUCAUACUGUAGUUGUAGCAUGUACAUCAAAUUUUAGUCUACCAUUGUAAAUUUCUGAAAGAAAAUGUCAAUUUGUUGCUUCCUUGUCCAAGAUUUAACUGUCUGGAAGCAAAAUAAGAUUAAAGGCUUUGAUGUGUAUAUAUGUACAGAUACAAUUGUGAACUGUUCUUUUGUCCAUUGGACUAGAAA